CUCAUCGGUAAUAUCGCUCACUUCACAGUCGUGACCAGAAGAACGAGCCGAGCUAACGUAUCGGAAACGUUAUAAUACCAGUGCAGUCAAAGCAGCCAACGGCUGUCGACCAAGGAAAAGCGAAAAUACCAGUAUAUCUAUUGAUACCCGUUUAUCAACUAUAAAAGUAAUAUUGUGAGUUGAUGUAAAGCUAGCCAGGGUAGAUCGCCGUAUACUACAGCUAAUUGCUAUAUGCUAGUUAGCAUCACGUAGCUAGCCUUUGCUCUAUCUUCGACAACCGGUCCCUACGCACUAGCAGAAUGGCCUUAAAACGAAUUCACAAGGAGCUGAACGACCUGGGCAGGGAUCCUCCUGCACAGUGUUCCGCUGGCCCGGUUGGAGACGACAUGUUUCAUUGGCAAGCUACAAUUAUGGGGCCUAAUGACAGCCCAUACCAAGGUGGUGUUUUUUUCCUGACUAUUCACUUCCCCACAGACUAUCCCUUCAAACCACCUAAGGUACAACAGAAUAGCCCGGGAAUGGACUCAGAAGUACGCCAUGUGAUAAUCGGUCAUGGUCGUAUCAACUUGCAUUAUAGCUGGGAAAAAACUAUAAAUUACUGUUUGUUUUUUUGCCCAUUUGGCCGCAACCCCUUACCAUCAGCAAAUAACAGUAAUUGAUUCUUUGUUUUGCCCCCUAAAUGUAUUCACAUCCUCUUAACACAGACAAAUGUCUCCAAUACCCAUUUUUUUUCCCUUUACAAAAUAUGCCAAUUGCUCUGAACUCUCAGUGAAGCAUGUCUGUAUAAAGCCAACCACAGCCACUUUGUGAAGAGCUCUUGAUUGCUCUGAAUUCACGCAGGAGGUGCCAACUAAAAAUAAAGAUUCUCAAUGCCACCAUUUCUGUAUUGAGAGAAUCAACAUGGUUCAAUCACACUUUUCCAAUAGCAUUAGAGAACUGAUGUCUGUGAAUAUCAUACACUUAAUCUUAAAGUUAAGAUUCACCUAUUUUGAAUGUUCUAAUGAUUCCCGGGUCAUUCCAUGUGUAUCUGAGCUACCGUUCCAUCAGGCAGAAAUACAGCCGGUGCAAAACUUGUCAUACCGGCCUGAUUGAACGGCAAUAGCUCAGAUACACAUGGAAUGACGCAGGAAUCGAUAGAUCAGAGAUGCACAAAAACUUUAACAUUCAAAAUGGGUGAAUCUUAACUGUUUUGAAUGGAGAAUUGCUGAAGUAAAUAAGAAAUAUUUUAUGCAUGUUAAUAAGAUAAAUAGUUGGUUUGUGCUGCUGAGAAUGGAUUGAGAGCAAAUGUGUUCACUUUGAUAUUUUGUUACUUUUUGUUCUUAGAAUGUGGAGCCAUUAGUUAAUCAUCAUCCAUAACACUGUUCUCUUUUGCACUGAAUACGUUAUUCAAAGUUCUCAAUGGCUGAUCGAUCAACUAAUAGCUCUGCUAUUUAAUGGCUACUUUUUUUUCUCAAUAAAGUUGAACAAAUGA